AGUUACAUUACCCAGCUUGUAGUUAACUACACUGUAAUUAAUACAACUUCACAGUUCGUUUGUUUUACAGUAGCUAAUUGCUCUUAUGGAUUACUAUAUAGCUAGCCUAAUAAUUACAAAUUUUUAAUUAUUAGUGGAAUAAAAACAGUCUAAUCGCACGGGCUGUUACAAUAACAAAUCUGAUCAAUAAAGUGUUAAAUCCAGUUGUUUGAUGCCAUCACCCCUUACAAAUUAAAAUCAAACAGCGAAAUCACUCAAUGUUAGCCUGCUCACGUUCAGUUUUAUUUCUUCUGCAUCGGCGUGAUAAUCAAUUGCAAAGGUGAUUAUCUAGAAAACCGGUGUGUAAAAUAAGCCAUUCCAACACCUUUGUCUCCCAAAUGGUUCUUUGUUUAAAAUCCUUCGAUGAUAUUGUUUCACAGUAUUUAUUUACCCAGAAAUUAUUUUUGGGUGCAUAUGCGAAAUAGUCUGAAAACGAGGUUAAAGAGAACUUUACUGAAAUUAAUGUGGUUUUAGAAGUCGGUGGUAGACAUGCUGGGAAAAUAGGUUUAGUAGAUUAUGUAUUACCAUCAACCCAGACUUUAACCCUAAAUAUAACCUCAGUACUUUGAUACCUAGCCUUAACACUAAUCUUAGUAAAGCUUUAACAUGUUAUGUUUUGGUAGCACAAAAUAAUGUACCCAAAGCACGGGCGAAAAUCUGAUCUCAAGUUUGGAGCAAUUUUUUUUUCUUCUCAAGAGCAAUUUUUGUGGGGGACACCAAAGAGAUUUUAGGACCGGAAUAUGUAAACGGUGUGCAUUCCCUGGUGAUCUUUCCAUACAACCCACCGUCUGAAGAUGCCUGCGGUGUCCAGUGGGGUGAAGGACUUGUACCUCUCUACUAAUUUGGGGGACCUGAACAAGAAAGCUGAAGUCAAGGCUGACAAAAGCAGCACGCGAAGUUAUGUCCAAAGUGCCUGCAAGAUCUUCAAGGCAGCAGAGGAGUAUCGGCUGGAUCGAGACGAGGAGAAGGCAUACGUUAUGUACAUGAAAUACCUAACGGUCUAUGAUCUGAUCAAGAAGAGGCCCGACUUCAAACAGCAGCAGGAGUUUUUCCUGUCCAUGCUUGGACCCACCAGCUUUAAAAAAGCUAUAGAAGAAGCAGAGAAGCUCUCUGAAAGCCUUAAACUCAGGUAUGAGGAAGUCGAGGUUCGCAAAAAACUUGAAGAGAAAGAGAGACAAGAGGAGAAGAAAAAGAGGGAGGAGAACACUGAAAAAUUGGAAGGGCGGGCCUCCCUAAAGGGAGUAAAAGAGAACAAGAAGGAGAACAAGGAGGUGAAAGAACAAAAUGAGUUGAAAAAUGUACCUUCGAAAGCGGCGUUGCCAGCAGGAGGGAUCUCCGCAGAGAUGUUGUUCAAGAUGAUGCAGGACCAAACCAUGACGGUCAUUGUGAUGGAUGCUCGUAGCCUCCAGGACUUCCAGGAGUCUCAGAUCCAGGUUCCCGCACAAACCAUCAUCAGUGUCCCCGAAGAAGCCAUCAGCCCAGGGAUCACUGUGAACCAGAUAGAGGCCAGGCUACCCAGCGGGUCCAGAGAGACAUGGAAGAGAAGGGGUUUCGUAGAUUACAUCAUCCUGUUGGAUUGGUUCAGCUCUGUCAGUGACCUCCGUCUGGGAACCACCCUGCAGAGCCUCAAAGACGCCCUCUAUAAGUGGGACAGCACCACCAUCCUGCGUAGUGAGCCCAUGGUACUGGAGGGAGGAUAUGAGAACUGGCUCCUGUUUUACCCCAUGUUCACCUCCAACGCCAAAGUCAGACCACCCCGAACACACAACUAUAACACUGUGCCACAUCUGAACUUCAGUUACCCGUCACUGGAGGAACCCAAGCCUCCGACCCCCCCGGCCCCCGAGGCGGACCUCGAACCCCAGGCCCCCGCCGUCCCCACGGGUUACAUACAGGUGAAUGGUGCCCCCCCGAAGGACCUGGCUCCUCCCAAACCCGAGGCCACUUCCACAGAGACAGAGGCUGACGCCACAGACUCAUCCCAGACAGGGCCCACUCUCCCUGGGGUGGACCACAGCCAGAAGGGCCCUGGGUCUGGACCCGGCACGCCCAGUCAUCCUGCCGGGACAGCCAAGCACAUCCCACAGAUUGACCGUACCAAGAAGCCAUCGGUGAGGGUCUCCGACAGGUCUAAACCCCCCCUGGAUGCCCUCCCUAAGGACAAGGACCUCCCGCCCCCCUCCUUGUCCUCCCAGAACGGCCCGGGCAUCCCCCAGCCCAACCGCUUGGUCAAGCCGCCCUUUGACCCCACUACCCCGCUGACGGAUGAGGAGCGCAGUCAGAUCCACACGGAGGCGGCCGCCCUGAUGGAGAAGGCCCGCAGAGAGCAGGAGCAGCGCCGGGAGCGACGCGCCGAGGAGGAGCUGAGGGAGAGGGAGCUUCGAGAAAGCCAGGAGAGAGAAGAGAGGGCGAGGUCGGAGAAGGAGAUGGAGCAGAGGAGAAAGCAAGAGGAGGAGGAGGAGGAGAAGAGCCAGGAGAGGAAGAGACUGGAGAGACAGAAGGCGGAGGAAGAGGUGAAGGAGAACAGGGUUGGGGAAGAGAGGGAGAAGAGGGACGACAUGCCAAUGAAGAGCGCUUCGCUGGACUCGCCAGUUCCUCACCGUGUCGUCAGUGAGAUUAAGCGGGAGCCCCUGACCAGAGCGAGGAGUGAGGAGAUGGGUAGGAGUGUCCCUGGCCUGCCUAUUGGAUGGAUGAAGUUUUUGGACACAGUAACCGGUACCUACCGUUACUACCACUCUCCAACCAACCGGGUGCACCUGUACCCCCCUGAGGUCAGUGUGCCCCAGACGCCCCCCACCACCCCCCCGACAGACAAACACAGGCGGCCCCGGCCGGCAGAGCCUGACAAGAGCGUGGAGCGCGACCGGGAGCAGUCCAAGUUGAAGCGCUCCUACUCCUCCCCAGACAUCGCACAGGACCUGAGGGAGGAGGGGCUGAAGAAGGUCAUGCCUAUUACUGUGGCCACGCCCCCAGCCUUCAACAGAGAGACCAAACCCUCCACCACUAACGUCUACGCCAAGGUCGAGAUCGCCCGCCCGUCGGCGGCUAAGAUACGCAACCUGAACCCCGUGUUUGGCGGUCUGGGCGCCUCCCUGACCGGCCUGCGUAACCUGGGCAACACGUGCUACAUGAACUCCAUCCUGCAGUGUCUCUGCAACACCCCAGCUAUGGUGGACUACUUCAACAAGAACUGCUACAAGGAAGACAUCAACAGGGCUAACAUUCUGGGCCACAAGGGCGAGGUCGCGGAAGAGUUUGGUGUGAUCAUGAAGGCUCUGUGGUCGGGCCUGUAUAAGUGCAUCAGCCCACGGGACUUUAAGAUCACCAUAGGGAAGAUCAACGACCAGUUCGCUGGCUACGAUCAGCAGGAUUCCCAGGAACUGCUGCUCUUCCUCAUGGACGGGCUGCACGAGGACCUCAACAAGGCAGAUAACCGUAAGCGCUACAAGGAGGAGGAGAACGACCACCUGGAUGACCAGCGCGCGGCCGACCUGGCCUGGAGCAAACACAAGCUGCUGAACGAGUCCAUCAUCGUGGCUCUGUUCCAGGGUCAGUUCAAGAGCACCCUCCAGUGUCUGACAUGUCACAGGAAGUCACGCACGUUUGAGACGUUCAUGUACCUGUCCCUGCCGCUGGCCUCCACCAACAAAUGUUCCCUGCAGGACUGUCUGAAGUUGUUUUCCAAGGAGGAGAAGCUGUCCGAGAACAACAAGGUGUUCUGUCGACAUUGUAAAGCUCACAGAGACUCCACAAAGAAGCUGGAGAUCUGGAAAGUCCCUCCCAUUGUACUGGUCCACCUGAAACGUUUCUCAUACGAGGGUCGUUGGAAGCAGAAGCUGCAGACGACAGUCGACGUCCCCCUGGAGAACCUGGACCUGAGUCAGUACGUGAUCGGACCCAGAACCAGCCUGAAGAGAUACAACCUGUUUGGAGUGUCUAACCAUUAUGGCGGUUUGGACGGUGGCCACUACACUGCCUUCUGUAAGAACGCCGUGAAACAGCGAUGGUACAAGUUUGACGACCACGAGGUCUCUGAGAUCUCCACCUCUGCGGUCAAAUCAUCAGCAGCGUACAUCUUCUUCUACUCCUCCCUGUGAGGGGGGGGGGGUGCCCUUUGUACUUCUGCAGUACCCCCUAGGGGUAAAAAGGCUAACUACAGGCUUACUAACACCAAGGCUGCUUUGACUUGGCUCCCCCUGCUGGUGGGAGGAAGGAACUAAAAUUACUGAGGUUAGGAGUUUUUUGUUUUGUGAACUGGACGAAGAGGUUUAAAGGUUUCGCUGUGGUGUUAAAAGAGUGGGUCAGGCUGGUGUGUGUGCACCAAGCGAGAAAGACAGGGUUAUGUAGGCACCUCAGAAACGCUUUAGCUCACGGGGGACUCCGCAGCUGUUAGAAAACGUCUAUUCAGAUUACUCUAGAGAACCGGGAAAGUGUAACACACAAACCCCGACAUAUGUGAACACACACCCAUCCCAGAUCACUCCCACUGCUACGUAGACCAUUUAACACUAAACCUAUACUCCUAUAAACCAAACUUCCAUACUGUUCUUCGUGAUAAUAUAUUGCAGUGCUAGGAAAACCUGGUCUGGACACCAACAUUGUAAUUCUGUUGUUUCCGCGCUUCAGUUUGUGGAGAGGAUGGGCUUUUCCCAACAUUAACAAACCUUCCUUGUGCUUCUCUGUACUGUGAAUCUUCUAGUAAACAGGUAUCAAGACAGAAUUGUGUUAUCAAAUGAUAGGGAUGUAUAGUUACGUGAGUGCGUGCACGUGAGUGCGUGCACACGUCCAGAAAUAGUAACUGCUUUCUGCGCAUUUAAACAAACAUAUUGUACAUAGUGUUGAGGGGAAUUCUCUUAUCUAUUUAUAAAGUGACCAAAUGGAGUCUUUUCUUAUUCUGUUAAACACCUAGCUGGCAUGAUUGGUUUCUUUUUGAUAAAGGUGUGUCCUAGGCCAUAUGCUUAGAGGGUGUGUGUUAGAAAUGGCCCUCCAAGUGCGCUAACUGGUCAGAAGCAGUGCUCACUGUAGGAAAUGGGGUGUCAUUUCAGAUGCGUUUUGGAACUUCUCAUGGUGAGGAGUUCAGAGGUUUCCGUGUGCAGUUAGAGAGGAUUAUAGGUUUGUUUUGAAACAAUCCCCUUUAUUGUGUCCUUUUAUAGGGGGAAAUGGUGAAUAAUUUGUGUCACCCAGAAUAAUCCUCUAGUUAUUUGUUAAAAAUUAAAAAUAAUAUGUUUUAGCCCGAGACUGAGAAGUGGAUCAUUAGGCCUUAUCAAUAGUGUAAUCAAUUCCUCUCACCAGUUACCAUUCCAUUGAUGUAAACCAAAACUGUUCUUUUUGUUUUCUUAAAUACCUGCAUACUAUACAUACAAUUACAAGCAUUUAGUGAACGUCCCUCUUUUAUAAAGGCAUUUUAUUGGUUUAUAGGCCCAAAUCAUAGUGCACGAAUGCAAAGACGAGGUAGUCCAACGUCGUGACACGGCUUCAUGGCUCUGAGACAACCCUGCCCUGGCAUGAUGGACAGCCAAAACAUACCUACUCACACAGCCAACACCGCUCCGGGGCGCCUUCUCUAUUCACACGUGUUGACAGCUGGAACAAGGAAGAAAUCCGCCAGACCAGUGUUCUAGAACAAGCAAGCUGUGCUUGCUCACACAGGUUUGGACUUAAGCCCCAAAGCCCUAUCGGGAUUGCGUAAUACUGUGGUUGAUUCAUUCCAGGCCAGUGGUAUUUAGUGCUGCUGAUUGAUCUGUAAGCGGUUGUGUUUGGCUGACAGAGAAAGCCUUCUGUCUACAGCCUCGCUGAAUUUUAUUCCCUAGGCUCUGGUCUUUUUAUUACUUUGAGGUAGAACUACAGCUGGUGUGCGCCUGAAUCUGAUUAGAAUUAUUAACGUGUUCCAAGUUAGAGAGAGAGAGAGAGAGAGAGACAUUUUCUCUCUCUCUUAGUCUUUCUGGGCGUCUAUGUGUAAGCACUGUGUUUAGCGGGGAGGGGAGGAGUGACAUCAUAACUGUCCCGGGAUUGAGUUUCCAACAUCACCAUGACGUGCAGGGACAAAUGACUAUUGACUCCCAAAUGACACCACAUUCCCUGCGUAGAGCUUUCCUUUGACCAGAAGCCUAUGAUGUCUGUAGAGGCACUAGGAUGCCAUUUGGGACACGUAAUAUCGAUCUCUCAAUGUAGAUAGGAGUUCCCUCUGACCACAGGCCAGGCGACCCAAUCCUGGUUCCUAAUAUCUAAAUCUCCAGGAAAUCAGUUUGUUUAUUUACAUUUUGGAAAACUGUUCCAAAGCAUUUACACACUGUGCUUGAGAGACGGGUGGUCAAAGUAUGAAUUGAUUCUGUUUUAGUUGUGUAUCCGCUUGGGGUUCCUAUGGUGUAUUUUGCUGUGUACUCAUAUAUUCCUGGUUCACCGACUACCUGCUCAACAAAAACAUCGCCCCAAAGCUGAAUGUACUUGGGGAUCCCUGAUUUAGGGGAUGUAGACAGAUCUGGUCUCAGACCAGCGGUUAGGAGCAACAUGUGCCAUCGCACAUAUAUGGACUGGUGGAAGCACCAAUCACACUUAAGUGCCAGUAUUCAUAAAGUGUCUUGGAGUAGUAGUACAGUCAAUGGGAUCAUACACUCAUCUAAAAGGCCCAACUUCUUAACAAAACCUAGGAUAUAGGUGGACAUGAUAACAUUUUGUGAUUGUAUCCAAGAGUGUAGUUGUGACCUCGUCGAAGUCGAGAACCUUCUCAUCGGGGCUCGAUAAGGGCGAACAUAUGUUGCAGCUCUUCCCAAAGUGAACACCGGAAGUCAUUAGGACUUUGCACCACCAUUGGGAACUCCCGGUCACGACUGGCUGGGACGCAGCCAGGAACUGGUACCCCAAGGCACUUGAUGGCCUCUCAGAUGACCAAGCCCUCAUCAGCUGAGACACUUCAUGAAUACUGGCCCUCUAGGGCAAGAAUAUUACUGACGUCUUAAAAAGUCAAAGCUUAAAAACGUUGCUCCGAUAAGUAUUUACUGGUCUUAGCAUGAGAUCAGUGUAAUUUUGAUUAUUCUUUUAUUGCUAAGUUUUCGAUAUCAUAACACUUGUAUAACCCCGAACCUAUAUAAAUAAAUAGAAAAUGUACCUAUUUAUUAAAAAUCCUACAAAUAAAGCAAAUACUCUUG